GUUUUCUCUCCGUGACGUCUAAGGACUUUGGGGAGGGAAGGCGCAGAGUUUCUGUUAUUAUUAUUAUCGAAUAGUCGACUUCUGCGAUUGAAAAAAUAUCGCCGGUCCUUCAUCGCCACAUAGGCGUAUUACAUACCACCGCAAGUUUCUGUACUAUUUGAGUGCAAUUGAGUUUCUUCAUCAAAGGCUCUUCCCUCUGAAUCGUACUGUACACCGCUCCAAUGUUUACUGGGACGUUGAAAGUGAAAUUGGUCGAGGCGGUGGACCUUAGACCGACGGAUUUUCAACGCCGUCACAAUGUCGGGUUGGCCGGGAAACUGGUGGAAAACACCAUGGAUCCAUAUGUCUUUAUUGACAUUGAUGAGGUCCAUGUUCAUCGGACCACCACCAAACAGAAAACUUUUUGUCCUACAUGGAAUGAAACUUUUCAGUCAGAGGUUCAAUCAGGCACCAACCUAGGCCUCACUGUUUUCCAUGAUGCAGCUAUACCUCCAGAUGAUUUUGUAGCAAACUGCAGCAUCUCUUUUGAUGAAUUGAUCAACAUUACCAAAGACCAGAAUUCUGACAUUUGGGUCAAUCUGGAACCACAGGGAAAGAUACACUUAGUUGUUGACCUCGAACAAGAUGCAUGCGGAAAUACUAGCAACGAGAAGCCCCGUGAAUUCAAGGAGCGCCAGGGAUUAAAUCGACGACGUGGAGCCAUGCGUCGCCGUGUUCACCAAGUUAACGGGCAUAAAUUCAUGGCUACUUUUUUGCGGCAACCAACUUUUUGUUCUCAUUGUCGAGACUUUAUCUGGGGACUUGGUAAACAAGGAUACCAAUGCCAAGUUUGUACUUGUGUUGUGCACAAGCGCUGCCAUGAGCUUGUAGUCACCCGCUGUCCAGGAAUCAAGGACACUACUCAAGAAGAGCCGGCUAUCGGUCAAAGAUUUAGUUUGAAUGUGCCACACCGUUUUGUUGUACAUAACUAUAAGCGGUUCACUUUCUGCGAUCAUUGCGGUUCUUUACUCUAUGGACUUAUAAAACAGGGCCUCCAAUGUCAAGCGUGCAACAUGAACGUCCACAAACGAUGUCAAAAAAAUGUAGCAAACAAUUGCGGUAUCAACACCAAAGAAAUGGCUGAAAUUCUCAAUGCCAUCGGCGUCAAUACAAAAAUCAAUCAGCGCAAGAAAAAGGCUUCCAUCAUUGAAUCGACUGGUUCUAGUAACGCUUCGAUGAUGAGUACGGCAUCACUACCAAUUAUGGAGUCAGAUGAGAUGGGGUCAUCGUCUGGAUUAGGCAGCUCUGCCAUAAGCGGUUCGAGCUCAGAGUGCAGCGAUACGGAUCGUUCGUCUGUCCGUCCCGACCAGGAGGAGGAAAUGAAACUGCGCAUUCUUGCUCAGCACGCCAUGAAUGAGAAACUGAACGAAAAGAUGAAAGAGCACAAGGAAACGUCAAAGCACGGUGCAGCUGCUAAACAGUCAGCAUUAGACACAUUGAUUGAUCGCGGAAGCCGUGACGGCAAGAAGAUCGGAUUAGAUGAGUUUCAUUUCAUCAAGGUUCUUGGAAAAGGAAGUUUUGGCAAAGUGAUGUUGGCCGAGUUGAAGGGCACCGACGAAGUCUAUGCCGUCAAGGUGCUCAAGAAGGACGUAAUUCUACAAGACGACGAUGUCGAAUGCACUAUGACAGAGAAAAGAAUUCUAGCCCUGUCGGCUAAGCAUCCCUUUCUCACCGCACUGCACUCAUGCUAUCAGACCAAGGAUCGUCUGUUUUUUGUCAUGGAGUAUGUCAACGGUGGUGAUUUGAUGUUCCAAAUCCAAAGAGUCCGCAAAUUCGACGAGCCUCGGGCUCGAUUUUACGCAGCCGAGGUUACGCUAGCCUUGCAAUUUCUUCAUCGCCACGGAGUGAUCUAUCGUGAUCUGAAAUUGGACAACAUUUUACUGGACAGCGAAGGUCAUUGCAAAAUUGCUGAUUUUGGAAUGUGCAAAGAGGGCAUUGUAGACAACGUUACCACCAACACGUUUUGUGGUACACCGGACUAUAUUGCUCCUGAGAUUCUUCAGGAACUGCCAUACGGUGCAACAGUCGACUGGUGGGCUCUGGGAGUUCUUAUGUACGAAAUGAUGGCAGGGCAGCCUCCAUUCGAAGCGGACAACGAGGAUGACCUAUUCGAGUCGAUCUUGCACGAUGAUGUUCUCUAUCCAGUUUGGUUGUCCAAAGAGGCCGUCUCCAUUUUAAAAGGGUUCAUGACGAAAAAUCCAUCGAGGCGAUUAGGUUGCGUGGUGAGCCAAGGCGCCGAAGCGGCCAUCAGAGUUCAUCCGUUUUUCAAAGAUAUCGAUUGGGAGUCUUUGGAGGCCAGGAAAGUUAAGCCGCCAUUCCGACCCAAAAUCAAAAACCGACGAGACGCUCUGAAUUUUGAUAGUGAAUUCACCAAGGAAGACCCCAUCUUGACUCCCAUUAACCAUGAAGUUGUCCGUGCCAUCAACCAGGACGAAUUCCGGGGCUUCUCUUUCGUCAAUCCCGAUUAUAUCCCACAUCGUCUGCUGUCGGCCUAAAAGCACAAAACAAUUCGGAGCAAGGAACAAAAAAGUGGAAAAAGAAAACGGUAGAGACAAAAUCGCACAAGAAAGAACCCACGAUCCCUCCCAAUUUUGGUUUACUUUUAGGUUUAAUCCCAUCUCUUCACCCUGUCCCUGAAAACGGAGCUGAUAUUUACAGCUCGCGGCCUAACACCUCUAUAGCAUUUAUUUCACAGAGGAUAGCGAUAAGAAAAAGAAAAAUACUGCGGAUUUUUUUUUUUUUUUUCUCCUUUGAGUUUAGCCAUCGAACGAGGGACAUUUACUAAAAACAAAACACAAAAAAAAAAGAAAAGAAAAAAAAGUAAUAAUAAUACUCUCAUUUUAUGCUCUCUUUCCAUCCCCCAGUCCUCCUCUUUUCUUGGUGACAAAAAGUUAACGAAAGCAACAUACUAAAAAAGCAAAAAAAAAAAAACAAAAACAUGAAUGGCUGCACGUUUCGCUCUCAAUGCCAAAGAAUAUUCGUUAAA